AUGGUCACUUUGGCAUCUGGCUCAUCGAGGAAAGAUGAGCUGCUGAAUGAGAAUUUCGUGAAUGAGGAACACUUAAGAGCAUUCGCCUCUGCUCUUACGAUCAACGAUACCUUCACCAACGAGGGAGAGGCUUCCCCCCUCUCACCCAGAUCACCUCCUGUACCGCUCGACUCGCCAGGUAUAGGUUCCUCGUCAUCAUCGAGAUUGCAGCCUAACACAUGGAAGUAUGGUCCGGAUAAUGGGUCGUUACAAAGUGGAGGAGGGGCUGAGAGGGUAGAGAAACUGACAGCGACUUCUGAUUUUGCUCCUAUACAUCAACGUGUCUCGAAGAGACGUGCACGUACCUCGAAUCAAGGAUUGACAUACCACCUGAUACGAUGGCCGCUUUUGGGCUUCUUCUUCACCAUCAUCUACUUUGAAUUCUUAACUUACGUGAUUACUCGACAAGUGGUAAAUGUAUUCGAAUGGUUGGUAGCAUGGCGAGGACCGAAAGUGAAGCUCAGGAGAGAUCUGAGGAACGCAAAGACAUAUGAAGAAUGGAUCGAUGCAGCUAAGAAGUUGGAUGAUAACUUGGGGUUUGAUGAGUGGAAAGAGACUGAGGAAGACUCGUAUUUCGAUUAUACACUGGUGAAAAGAGUGAAACGAACUUUGACGAAAUUGAGAGCUUCAAAGGAUGCAAGGGGUUUGAUGGAUGCUUUGGCGGUUUGUGUGAGAAGUAAUUUUGCAGGAACAGAGAGUGUCAAGAUGUACAGUGAGACCUUUUUCGGUACCAAGCAUUUGAUCGAAGAACACGUCAACGAAGUCGCAGCAUGUCUUGAUUUCGUUCGUACUGCUACCGACGUAUCCUUAGAAGAGAAAAGAGCCUUCUUCAGAGCUAUCAAUAAACAUUACGGAGCCAGUGCUUUAUGUCUGUCUGGAGGAGCUUCUUUCGGAUAUUAUCACUUCGGUGUGGUGAAAGCCUUCCUUGAUGCCGAUCUCUUGCCUAGAGUAAUCACAGGUACCUCCGCCGGAGGUCUUAUUGCAUCACUUUUAUGUACGAGAACAGAUGAUGAGCUGAAGGAACUGCUCAUCCCCGAAUUGGCGGAUAAGAUCACCGCUUGUGAAGAUCCAUUCCGGGUAUGGUUCAAGAGGCUGAGGCAGACUGGCGCGAGAUUUGAUACCGUGACUUGGGCGAGAAAGUCAAUGUGGUUUACCCGUGGGAGUAUGACAUUCAAAGAGGCUUAUGAAAGGACAGGAAGAGCAUUGAAUAUCUCUGUAGUACCCUCCGACAGACAUUCUCCGACAAUCCUGCUCAAUCAUCUCACAGCGCCAAACUGUCUCAUCUGGUCAGCUAAUCUAGCAAGUGCUGCUGUGCCGGGUAUUCUGAACCCUGUCGUGCUUAUGGCUAAAGACCGCAAUGGUAAUGUCAAACCUCACAACCUAGGUGGCUCAAGAUUCAAGGACGGUAGUUUGAGGGAGGAUAUACCUCUUGGAUCGUUACACACGCAAUUCAACUGUAACUUCUCCAUCGUAUCGCAGACAAAUCCGCAUAUCCACUUGUUUUUCUUCGCUCCUAGAGGUUCUGUGGGCAGACCAGUGGCACAUAGGAAAGGGAAAGGAUGGAGAGGUGGAUUUAUCUUGUCUGCGUUGGAAUCAUACAUCAAAUUAGACCUUUCCAAGCAUUUCAAGGUGAUACGUGAUCUAGAUCUUAUGCCGCAGAUCCUGCAGAGCGACUGGAGUGGUGUUUUCCUCCAGAGAUUUUCAGGAGAUCUUACCCUUACACCGAGGACGACCAUAAGAGACUGGUUCCGUAUAUUGUCUGAUCCGGAUCGAAACGAAAUGGACCACAUGCUCAAAGUCGGUCAGAGAGUCACUUGGCCAGCUUUGAGAAUGGUCAAGAACAGAAUGACCAUCGAACGCGCAAUUUUGAGGGGACGAACGGAAGUCCGUUCGGCGAUUCAUCGAGAUCGAACUUCGAACGAUAUCACUUCUCCACCUAAGGAUUCCGGUGGAUUGAGAAUACCGGAUAUCAUCCCACUUGAAUCUGAUGUGGAUGCGGGUUUCGCCAGUCGAACACGUCGUGCGAGAGGUGCGAAGGGAAUUGGUGGAUUGGGAAUUACCACUACACUUGAACCUCAAUCUGUUGGCACCAGUGGUAAUGGUGGAUUAGGAUUAUCCCAAACUACUAGGAGAAGGAAGAACACGCCGAGAAGAAGAAGAGCUAGUGAAGUAUUUGCAAUAGAUUCAGAUGAAGUAGAAGAUCAACUGUUAUCGCCAUCUGCAAACCGGUCUAGAGGUAUUACCCCUGAAAUCAGCACGAACACGGCGAAAAGAGGAUAUUCGAUAAAUUUAGGAGAUACCCUCCGACAUGUCAGAGCACCAUCAUUGUCUGCUUUGAGUUCACCUUUUAGAUCCAUCAGACAAUCUUCAAUAUCGCCAUCAUCUGAAGACCCCCCUCUUGUCCCAAGAAACUCGGGAGAUCCGCCCAAGGUGAAAUCGCAAUUAUCGAUCACAAGAUGGUUUGGAGGUGCGUCGGACUCCUCGUCGGAGAAUGAUGAAGAUGAUGAUGAUGGGUAUAAUUGGAGGAAUGACCAGCAGGCUAGAUCAGCUUCGGAUGAUGAUGAAGAGGAAGAAGAUAUUGAGGGACAAGACGGGGAAACAGGGGUGGAACCUAUCCCAGGUGGUGAGAGGGUUACACAAGAACAGAUUGACGCCUCUGCUGCGGAUGGCGCUAGUGUAUCAUCUCGGACGAGGAAUGGAAAUGGAGAUGAACAGGGUUCGUCUUCGGAGGAAUUGAGAAUAGGGUUGGGAUUGGGCAAUACACCACCUCAACAAGAUGCUAUGACGCAUUAA